AUGGGGGGGUCAUUCAUUUCCACUAUGCGCGAUCAUGCAGCUGGUGGCACGGCUGUAAUGAGAACGACCGGCGCGCAAGACAAAUGGCGCGUAGAGCGUUCGAGGCGCCCGUGUCCGCGACGCACACAUAAACAACACCGUAAGACCCGCCCCCUACCCCCUUUUUACCGAGUGAGCGAGGUCAAAGCUCAAGGCGGGGGGAAUAUUAUUGUGAUUUAUGUCUCCGACGGUCAGUUAGGACGAGGCGACGCGGUGGGAGAUCGGCUCGGCUUCGGCAACUGCAAUUGGGGCGUGACAGUGUUGGGUUUUUGA